AUUAAAAGAAAAGAAUAUGGCUUUGGCUAAAGAACUUGCAACAUUAAAAUUAGCGACUGAUUUGGACAUUGAUGAAGAGGAGGUUUUGAAGCUUGCCACUUUUGGUAAUGGGGCCAACAGUAAAGACACAAUAGAUACAUUGAAAAUAUCUUUGGUCAUGCAGAACAGGAGUUAUAAAGAAUUGAUGGCCAAGUGCAAUGUUCUUAGAAGAGGUGAGGCCCGUUAUAGCAAAAAACUUGAUAAGGCUAAAGAGAAGAUCGCUAAACUGAAGGCAAGGGUACAAGAACUGGAGACAUUAGCUGAAGCAAAAGAGAAUGAAUAUUUGAUGUCUCUGAAACUUUCAAAAAGCACAAAGAGUUCAAAGAAUCAUGAGAGUAACUUCAACUCUGAUUCUGAUGCAUUGAUAGCUUGUAAAUUUUCAUUGAAAGAACACAAUAAACAAAUCUCAACACCCAAAUCUGGAAUAAACCUGGUUGCAAAUGACAACAAUAGAGAACUCCAGUGCUAUACUACAAAUAAGGUUGUGCAUAUUACUCAUAGAACUCCUGAUAAAAGGAGAGACUACAUCACAAUUGAUGAAGAUGAUUUAGAAGGCACUAAUGCUUUGCAAGGAUGUUCACAACAAAACUACAAAAAUCGAGAUAGGGAUAAUAUUGCUUUUAGCAAGCCUUCUCUAGCGAAGCUAGGGACCAUGUCUACCACAAAGACUAAAACAUUAUUGCAAGGAAAAUGUACUUUGGCCGAGUCUCCCAGAGUUGAUAUUGACAUUGACAUUUCUAACAUUCCAGCUGGUCCUAUGGAUGAAGAUGUAACUUUACAAACCACCAUUAAACAACCUGUGGUGAACAUUAGAAAGGAAUCACCAUUUACAAUUUCAAAUUCAGCUGUUGGGGCUGAUGGUAGAGGUGGCAGAAUAAAAGUUCUAAGGACUCCUACCCAAAUCCUCUCAGAGAGUUUUAAGGGAGUGAGUUGUGACCUUACCAAUUUCUCUGUAGUAGGGAUAUCUUUAUCUGGGUUCUCACUCUCUUCUUCUGACCUUUUGCCUCUUGUUUGCAAAAUUGAAACUUUGGAGCAUCUUGAUGUCUCCAACAACCAUCUGUACUCAAUCCCUGAUGGAUUCAUCACUGAGUGUGGAAAGAUUAAGGGGUUGAAGCUGUUGAAUUUCAGUACUAACAACUUAGGAGGUGUUUUACCUACUUUUCAUGGUUUUGAAGCAUUGGAAUCCCUGGAUAUGUCUUUCAAUAUGUUGAGAGGAAAUAUUGUAUUCGAGUUAGAUGGGUUGGUUAGCCUCAAAAGUUUGAAUCUUACUUUCAAUAAAUUCACUGGGUCUCUUCCAACCAAUUUGGGAAAGUCCAUGGUUUUAGAGAAUCUUCUGCUUUCUAACAAUCGCUUUGAUGGCGAAAUCCCUGAUGAAUUAUUGAGUUAUGAAAAUUUGACUUGGAUUGAUCUUAAGGCCAAUAAUCUUUCACGGUCUAUUCCUAUCAAUAUUGGGAAGCUUUCUAAAUUGGAAACCUUGAUCCUUUCCGCUAAUAACCUCAUUGGUGAAAUUCCAACUUCCCUAACGAGCAUCACCAAACUUUCAAGAUUUGUAGCAAAUUAUAACAAUUUCACAGGUACUAUACCACCAGGAAUUACAAAAUAUCUCACCAGUUUGGAUCUUAGUUUUAAUAAUCUGUAUGGAACUAUUCCGGGAGAUCUUUUGUCUCCACCACAGUUGCAGGUUGUAGAUUUGUCCAAUAAUAUGCUAAACGGAUCAUUACCUUCGAAAUUUUCUUCAAAGUUGUUCAGGUUGAGGUUGGGGAGCAAUCAACUGAAUGGAAACAUUCCUUCAGAUGCUUUUGUAGAAGGUCAUAAUUUGACAUACUUGGAGCUGGAUAACAAUAGCUUUACGGGAUCAAUACCAGCUGAGUUGGGUUCUUGCAGGAAUUUGGCAUUGUUGAAUUUAGCUCAGAACCAGUUGAGUGGUGUAUUGCCACAACAACUUGGUAAUCUUGAGAAUCUUCAAGUCUUGAAGCUUCAAUUAAACAAGCUUAAUAGUACAAUACCAACUCAAAUUGGCCAACUUCAUACGCUGUCAACCCUGAACUUGAGCAGGAAUUCUCUGGGUGGAUCAAUUCCAUCUGAGAUUACAAGUUUAAAUGCUCUUAACUUCUUGUACUUGCAUAGCAACAAUCUUAGUGGUUCCAUACCGACAACCAUUGACAACUUGAGUGUUCUUUUCGAACUCCAACUUGGGGAAAACCACCUAAGAGGUGUGAUUCCAAAAAUGCCAUUGAGUCUUCAGGUUUCACUGAAUCUUAGUAGCAACCUCUUUAGUGGCUCUAUUCCUAGCAGUUUUGGUAGGUUGAAUAGCCUGGAAGUCUUGGAUCUCUCAAAUAACCACUUUUCUGGUCAAAUUCCCGAUGAUCUGACUAAAAUGAUAUCUUUGACACAGUUGUUACUUUCUAACAAUCCUCUGGCCGGUGAAAUCCCAAAAUUCGCUCAAACAAAUUAA